GAAAAAGUCAAAGCUAAGCAACAAAGCCUAAAGUUGCUUUCGAUGAAACAGUAUUAAAUUUUAAGAAAGGCAAGCAUUCAAUUCAUACAAAAACUCUCUCUAUAUAUAAUAGGAAGAGGGAAAGCCAUACUUUACUAAGGAGAAAGGAAACUGAGAGGGAAAGCCACUCUGGGUCUCUCUGAUCUUCUCUUCUCUUCCUUUCCUUUAUACGCUUUUUUCUUAGGUUCAGUUGAAUCAGAUACGGUAGAGAAGAAAAAGAACGUAUGAUGGGAUCUAAUUCCGGGCAGCCGCAGUUCAUAGCUAGCACCGGCAACCGGAGUUUCUCAAAUGCCCCGCUGAUUCAGAAUGCAGAUACUAAUCAAAUUGUCGUGCCUGACCGGAAAAGCUGGAAAAACUUUUUUGCAUACAUGGGUCCUGGAUUCCUUGUUUCAAUUGCAUAUAUUGAUCCUGGAAAUUUUGAAACUGAUCUUCAAGCCGGAGCGCAGUACAAAUAUGGGUUACUUUGGAUCAUAUUAGUGGCUUCAUGUGCUGCUCUUGUUAUUCAGUCCCUGGCUGCCAAUUUGGGUGUUGUCACAGGGAAGCAUUUAGCAGAGCACUGUAGAACUGAAUAUCCUAGAGGCCCAAACUUCGUGUUAUGGGUUCUUGCUGAAAUCGCUAUUGUUGCAUGUGAUAUUCCUGAAGUGAUUGGCACAGCCUUUGCAUUAAACAUGCUCUUCAACAUCCCAGUUUGGAUUGGUGUCCUAUUGACGGGGCUCAGUACAUUGGUUCUUCUAGCAUUGCAGCAAUAUGGGGUUAGGAAACUUGAGUUUUUAAUCGCUUUUCUUGUACUUACAAUUGCUGGGUGCUUUUUUGCGGAGAUGAACUAUGCGAAGCCUGUGGCUAGUGAAGUUCUUGAUGGGCUUUUUGUUCCUCAACUCAAAGGAAAUGGUGCCACCGGUCUAGCAAUUUCACUCCUUGGAGCUAUGGUUAUGCCGCACAACCUCUUUCUCCACUCUGCACUGGUGCUUUCCAGGAAAAUCCCUCGAUCUGUCCGGGGCAUUAAGGAGGCUUGCAGAUUUUAUAUGAUAGAAAGUGGCUUCGCUUUAAUGGUGGCAUUUCUCAUUAACAUAUCAGUUAUCUCUGUAAGUGGUGCAGUUUGCAAUUCAUCAAAUUUGAAUCAAGAAGAUCGAGAUAGUUGUGAGGAUUUAGACCUGAACAAGGCCUCGUUCUUACUAAGAAAUGUCUUAGGCAGUUGGAGUUCAAAACUUUUUGCAGUUGCUUUGCUGGCAUCAGGUCAGAGUUCUACUAUAACGGGAACAUAUGCUGGCCAAUAUGUAAUGCAGGGCUUUCUUGAUUUACGACUAACACCAUGGAUCCGGAACAUGCUUACUCGAUGCUUGGCAAUUGUCCCUAGUUUAAUUGUCGCCAUCAUUGGUGGCUCUGCUGGGGCUGGAAAGCUAAUUAUCAUUGCUUCAAUGAUAUUAUCCUUUGAGCUACCUUUCGCACUCAUUCCGCUACUCAAGUUCACCAGCAGUAAGACGAAAAUGGGAGCAUAUGUCAACUCAAUUGCGGUUUCAGCUAUCACGUGGAUCAUCGGAUCCCUGAUCAUGGGCAUAAACAUAUACUAUCUUAUGACGAACUUCAUCCACUUGCUUCUUCACAAUCACUGGGAGCUUGUGGCAGUUGUGUUUCUGGGAAUAUUUGGAUUUUCAGGGGUGGCGAUCUAUUUGGCUGCAAUAGCAUACCUGGUAUUCCAGCCUAACAAAGAAGCAACGCACCUUCUGGCAUUAACAUCCGAAAACCGACAUAUGGUUGACGAUGCAGGCAACACAUCAAUGUACUGUCUCCCUCGAGAAGAUAUAGUAAGCAUGCAGUUACCUCAGAGACGGCAGACGGAGGACAUUUGACUAACAGACUAUACCAGCUUAUCUACAUUGUGAAGGCAGGUUUUACUCUAGUUUUUCGUGUUUUCGUUUAGAGUAGUAGAAUAAGGGCUUUACUCGCUAGGAAGGAUAGGAAAAAGGGGUACAAAUCGGAAAACCUUGCCGAUUCUAAUGUGGCUUUCUCCUGUUUCGGCAAUAUUUUGAUAGUGGAUUACACUUUCUUAACAUUUCCCUUGUUCAAAACACUGGUUUUGACAGCAUUUUCUUUUUAACCUUAACCAAUACCUACAAUUUGUUAAUAGAAUGGUGAAAUUUCAGUUUCA